AUGAAGCUGAAGUCGCUGCAUCCAUUUCGGCACUCGAAGGUGAAGAAUGGGGAUGUUGUUCAUUGGAAGAUGAACCAUCUUUUCAAGAAGAAGAUUCUGCGAAAGUUUCCUUUUGGUGACAAGGUUGAGGGGCUUGUUCUGGAUCAUGGUUCAAGACACCCUAACAUGAAAAGACGCGCGGAGAAUUGUCACAUCCUAACUUGCAAUGUGUCACUGGAGUAUGAGAAGAGUGAAAUCAAUGCAGGGUUCUUCUACUCGAAUGCGGAACAGAGGGAAGCCAUGGUUACUGAUGAGAGACGUUCUGUUGAUGAAAGAGUUAAGAAAAUUAUUGAGCUGAAGAACAAGGUGGGUUAUAUACAUUUCAUAAGGUAA